UCCCCCUCCCCCGCAUGGCCGAGCCGGGAGCGCGGCGGGGCAGGCAAGAGCAGCGGCGGGAUGGGCGGCUGCGGAGGGGCCGGAGGAGGGAGCCAGGAGGCCCGGGGGCUCUAGCCCCUUCCCCUGCCUCCUCCUGGGGGGUCUCCGGCGGCAGCAGCAGCGGCGCAGGCAGCCGGCCAGCCCAGGAGGCGCGGUGGCGCGGACCUCGCCCGGCGUGCCGGCCCCGGAGGCUCCCGGCGCCCGCAUGUCCUACAAGCCCCUCGGGCCAGCUCAUUCUCCUUCUACAAGUAUGGCGGGCUCGGGCCAGUACCGACACCUGAUCAAUGACUACGGACCCCCCUCUCUAGGCUACACCCAAGGAGCGCAGGGCCCAGCCAGCAAUCAAGUCCCGCAGAGCAAAUACGCGGAACUCCUGACCAUCAUCGAAGAAUUAGGAAAAGAAAUCAGACCGACGUACGCCGGCAGCAAAAGCGCCAUGGAAAGGCUAAAACGAGGUAUCAUUCACGCCAGAGGUCUGGUCCGAGAAUGUUUAGCGGAGACGGAGAGAAAUGCAAGAUCUUAAAAAGAUCCCUUCCUCUGGAAAAACACAGACCAAUCCUUCCAACUGGCAAUUCUGCACCUCUUCUUUCUAGUUUGGGAUAGUUCCCUUUGCAAGGACGGGGUGGCCGAAGAUUUCUGUGCCCCGUUGAAUUCCUGCUCCCAUUCAGACGUUUUUUUCCCCCUAUCCUCUCACAAACUGACUUCGGACCGUUUCUGCAAGCACCAUCCUGGAUCAAUCCAUCCUACAACAACGAAAAACCCACCAACCACCCCUUGAAAGAACGCAAAUUGUUCCGAGGGCUGGAAGUUUCUUUUUCCUUCUUUUUCUACCCAAAUUCUGUCCCUAAUCGGGAACAAGCUUUGCCUCUUUCCCCGUUUUAAGUUGUCAUCUGCACCCAACAUCGCCUCUCAAACUUUCCGCAAUUGCUUUCCAGACCUCGCGCCCCUCUUAAGGUCCAGUUCUCAAGUCUGCGCUCGGGGUCAGCGGAAAGAUUCCUUGCAGCUUUCCAGAGAUCCCUGGCUGAAAUGAAGCUGGACAGGCUCCCUUAUCAGAAAUCCCGCUGCGUUACUGACGUUUUUCUACACAAUACAUCAAUGGUUUGGCGUGCGUGGAGGAGAAAUCCAUACCGUUACACCAAUGAGCUCUGGGGCAGCCACCCCAAACCCCAGAAUUCUGCAGAAACGCAUCCAGGUAAAUACUUAAGAUUUGCAGGCUAAGCCUUGUUUUUUCAGGGGGUGGAAAAAAGUUGCCUUAAUUGCCCCAAAUUAACUUGCCUCCCAACACAACCGUUUCAGGAAUUGUUUUUAAGCUGGAAGAAUUAUAAUGUUCCCUGCCAUCUGCUCUUCAAGCGCCAUAAUCGUCCGGAUUACUAUUCCUUUGGCACGCAGAUCAUAAACGUUAUCUUUUAAAAGGUCCCUUCCUUUGCAUGAGUUUUCCACAACCCAUCCCCGCCCCCCCCCCCCCAAAUUGCAAUUUUGCCUCUUUGUAUGUAUUUAUUACUUAAUGUAAUAAAGCUUAUUUUCAGUAAUUUUUGUGGUUAAGGUUGAGCCGUGGGUGUGUUGGGCUGGACAAAUAAUCAAAGUUAUUACAAGAGGAGAUAGGAACGAUUAAGGAAACGAAAUUAAACAUUCAGAAGCAUUGAUGGAUUCCAGAAAAAAAGGAUCCAUCUUUUUCCUGAUUUAACAAUGCGAUGCUGAUGCUUUCUUCGUUGCUUUCCUACCGGUUAAACACAUCGACUUGACAACUGGAUUAUUGAACAUUGCAGGGACCGGAAAGCGACUUUGCGCGCUGCCAAAUGACAGCCAACACGAUGUAGUUUGUUCUUUUUAAAGUUCCGGCAAAGAAUAUGCAAGGAGAGGAAAAAAACUAUGCGAUUGUACUGUAUUGUUUUCUGCUUAACCCAAUUUU